GUUGCCGUUGGACAAAGUUGCCGAUGAAGUGUCAUGAAGCAGAUCAUGACACGUGGGCAGCGGCAACGACUGAGGACAGGCGGCGCGUCAACCAGUACCACUUGCCAGGACAGCCCAUGACACACUCAGGCAGAGCGGCACCAGGGACACCUCUAAUGGACGGGCGUACCGUCUCAAAGUCCAUGAAGAUGAGCUCUAAGAUGACGAGUGGUCUGACGAGAACGCAGCAGCGGAUCCUUUCAAAUGGCUCCCGCUAUUUGGAGCUUGAGGAGCAGGAGGAGGAACUGGAGGCAUCGCGGCGAAAAGAUGUGAAGUCUUUGAGUGCAGAAGAUGAGGCACUUUUGGACGACCUGUUUAUUCAAGCUCAACAGGAGAGCAUGCGAGACCUCAUGGCAUUCAUUGAAGUGACUGUUCUGAUAUCUCCUGACCAAGCCCUUGGUUUGCACUUGGAUGGCGUGCCAGUUACCGCAGCAGCUGCGUGGGAAAUCCCAUUGUCGACUCAGGUGACGAAGAUAGAGCCGCAUGGGCUCUUGCAAAUCUGGUCCCAGCCAGAUCAGUUGGUCGUUGACGAAAACGCAUCCCUGCGACUUGCGCGGGUUGAUGGAAGGGAGGGGCUCGAUGGAGUGAGCUACUUGAAGAGCAUCUUCCAGACCUACAAAAUGCGCCAGACAGGCGAUCCUUCAGAGACUUUGAAAGUGAAUCUCACCUUUUGCAGGGAGGCAAAGUUCAAAUUCAAUUUCAAGCAGCGGCAGUGUGUUGGGACCGCUUUGCAUGUUGCAGUACUUCACAGGAAUGGGUUCGGCUUGCUCAGACGUUUGCUACAGCAAAAGGCUGAUCCUGAACAGGAGUUCUACUAUCGCUCUCGCGGUGAUCCUGCAUUUGCUCCAGCGAUACAUUUGGCAGCAGCACGUGAUUUGAUUCGUCACAUCAGCCUAUUGAUAGAACACCGUGCAAGUGUGCAUGCAGUCAGCAAGGUGAACAAUGAGAAUAAUUUCACUGCUUUGCAUGAGGCUGCCAGUUAUGGGUUGCAAAGAUCUGCUCUGUGUCUCUUGAGAGCAAGAGCUGAUCCAAAUGCAACAAAUCUCAAGAUGCACACCCCCUUGCAUUGCGCAGCUCGACAAGGGGAUACAAGGAUGUGUCUCCUGCUGAAGAACCACGGAGCUGAUUUGAAGGCUAAAGAUGUCAACGAAGCCACGCCUGUCAUUGUCGCAGUUGAACGAGGGCGGUUCAGGUUUGACAAGCUUUUCAUCCUCAUGGAGAAAUCAUUUGAAGACCUGCUCGUGGUUUCGAGACUAUGUGCUAGCGUAGGGCCAGAAGUAAUGCGAGACAACAGCACCAACGAAGUCCAUCAUUCGUGGAGAGAGGCUCUCGUGAAGGAAGCCAGCGAAAAGCCAGUCCGGGCUGCUGAGCACUGGAUGGAGAUUAUGAACAAUUCUGCCGGAGCGGGUGAGGACAUUUUGGAUGCCCUCACUGUCCUUCCUCAAGCACAGAGUGAUGCCUUCAACCCUGUCCCCAGGCGAGCUCGGCUGCCAUUGGGCAAAGACAUGUUGUGUUGCUAUGAAAGGACGUCCGAGUGGAAAUAUGACACGGAAAGCGCUGUUUGGCAGUCCAAGCUAUGCCCGGGUAUCAAGAGUGGCUGGGUGACGAGGGGCUCGGGACCUGCAUCAAACCGGGCCUUUGAGAACCUACUGGGCUACUUCAAGCGCGGGGGAGGCCCCAGUGAGAGAAACUUAUCCGCGUCAACGGUCCGUGCGACCGAAUAUCUCAAGCAGGAGGCCACCAGAUCCGAAAGCACAGAACUUGUGCCAGUCAAGGUGAGACAGUUGAAGCUGCCUGGCAUCAUCAAUCCCGAUGUUAUGGACAUCCUUGCGUUCACUGUCAACCACAACGUCUUGAGGAAGCCAACUGGACAGGCAAUCAUUCUCUUCGCAUGGGAUCAUGUUGCCAGGUACUACUACUUGACGUACGUGUUUUACCAGGUGAUCAUUAUCGGAAGUCUUGUAGCUGAGGUGGCAUCCCCCCCCGAGACUUUGUGGGGCUCUCGGGUUCGUUGGAGCCUAUUGGCGGUGCUGGCAGUUUUAGAACUCUUCUAUGAGUUCUGGGAGAUGUGUGGUUUUUUCUGCUACCUACAGCAGGGGUGGUGGCGGUAUAUUCUAAAUCCCGAGAACUACUACAACUGGACAUCAAUUGGUUUGCUUAUAGCACUGGUCUGUUUGACUUACAAUGAUCACAGUGGGUUGCAGGAAAUGCCAAUUUGGUUAUCCAUAGUUGUGCUGGCUCGAUGGAUUCAGCUCACUUGGAGCUGCAGAGCCUUUGGGUUGGUUGGUCAGAAGAUUUUGCCCAUCAUGCAAGCAUCUGUGUCGGCACACAUUGGUGGGAUCAUGUUUGUCACGUUGUGUGUCCUAUUUGGCUUCAUGAAUGGUGCUAUGGCACUUGAACUUGGGAGCGAGACACCUCAUCAUAAGUCAGUUGUGAUGGGAGCUCUCAAGCUACUCCUCCUGGGAGAUGGGGAUGGGAUUGACGCAACCCUUUCAUUGGGUGGCGCUCAGGACGAAGACAUUCUAACGGCCUUAUUUGUUUUUGUGGCCAUGGUGGUUUUCUGCGUUUGUGUCCUCAAUUUGUUCAUUGCAGUGCAUGGGGAGGCAUAUGAUAGUGCCCAGGAGAAGGCUUUCACAUCCUUUCUACAGGAAAGGGCUGGGAUUUGCCUUCACUGCCUUUUAAGACCAUCCUGGCCACCACGAUGCUUGAAAUGGCGAGUGCCACAUCGCAUUAGAACCUACGUGUUUCUGCAGCUCGCGUCUAUUGCAGCCUGGCUGUUGCUGCUUCGAGAAGAAACCAUCAAUGUUUUGAUACCUACGGCAUUGCUGUGGGGGUCAGCAAUGCUGGGUGAUGCUAUCCUUGUCCAACGCCCGUGGAUCAAGUCCAAAGAGGCCGAAUACUACUUGUGGAUGUGCUACAAGGAAAGCUUUGAUCAAGCCAACCUGAUUGCCGCUGACAGAGAUGCAACAGAUAGUAUGGACGGCAAGAUCUCUCGCCUCAAGCGGGACAACAAGAACCUCUUCAAGCAAGUGACAACGGAGAUCAAUUCGAUCUCAAGACACAUAUCUGAGCAGAAUCAAGUCCUCAACCAGAAGGUCCAGGGCAUGGACAGUCGUCUUCAAGGCCUUGAGAGUUUGAUAGAGGAUUUGCACACGAGUAUCCAGCACAUUGCCAAUGCUCGAGUUCAAGAAAGCCCACACCUGCUCGAAUGAGACAUAAUAGGGUCACAAAAGACCUGGACUAUAUAGACAAAUUGCCAGGUAUGUUAUGUGGAUAUGAGGAUAUGAGUCAGAAUUUGCCCUGAAUUGAUGUCGAAGACACAAUCACGGGCAGUGGCCGUGUGCGACAGCUGGAGAAAAGUCAAAGCGCUAAGAAUUGUUCUUUAGUGCUUCAAAGUUGCAACAAACUGCAAUGUAAUUGAAUGCUUGUAAUAUUUUCGAAACCAAAAGCAUAGAAUUGCUGGCUCUGAAUCACAAAUGGUUGGAUUCCAACGGAUUCUAUCAGUAAUCAUCUCGUGUUCUUGUGGAC